AUGAUAAUUUGGGAACAAGUAGAAUCAACUAUUCAUUCUAUUGGUAUCAAUAUUUUUAAGUUUAAUAAACCUAAAAAACCAAAAAGAAAAUGGCGUUGGAUAUCAUUAAUGGGGCCAGAUAAAUUAACAAUUCUAGAAAAAUUUCCCACAAUGUGUAAAAUUAAUUUAACAGAUGAGGAUAUUGUUAACUUUGAACUUUCAGCACAGCAAUGG